GUUUUGACCGCUCUCCUCUUCCCGCUUUUCAUGAAGUACAGCUUUGUCUCCUAUCUCCGAGAUUAGGACCGUCCCCUCUCCCCAACCAUACAGACACAGAGAGAGAGAGAGAGAGAGAUGCUUCUGUGCAUGUGAGUCGCAGGGAAGCAGCAGCAAGCAGCAGCAAGCAUCAGUAUCUUAGUCCAUAACCCAGUAGUCAAAAAAUUUGCCUUUUAUCCUCCCCACUCGUCUCUCACUGAUCCUCUGUCACUCUCUCCCCUCCACGACACAGUUCUUCAAACCGACCAUAUUCGAUCCUCAAAAGCAUAACGACCGAACAGCUCCUUACGGUGUACAAACCGACAGGUUUAAUACUAGAAGAGGAGACAAGGGAAGUUUCUGGGUCUCUGGUAGUCAAUCUCAAUGGACCUCACCAGCCCCAAAUUUCAUCAACCUCCACCUCUGUUUCCAUCAGAUAUGAUUUUCCAGGAGCCACCACCGCCAUUGGAGACCUUUGCGGUGGACCCAUUGUGCGAGCUCAACCUCAAGGAGACCUCUGAGUUUGUCAGGUCAUUCCGAAUGCCGAACGCCACGGCACACAGAAGGAGGGAUGGGGUGAGCUCUGUCACGCUCACACAGAGGAUUGCAGCUGCAGACUCUCCUGCGACACCGGGGCGGCCCGUCUUCAGCUUCAGCGGCUGCGGCACCGGCGUAAACAACAGUUACGGUUUAUCGAGGAAAGGGUUCCCGUCAAAGUGGGACGAUGCCGAGAAGUGGGUGAUCAGGCCACAACAGCAAGAGCACCAGCAGCAGCAUGCUGUUCUGUAUGCAGACAAGUCAAGGGUCACCCAGGAGAGGGUCUCAAAGGGGCAGUUUCAGCCUUUCUACCACCAGCAUUCUCUUCACCAUCUUCACCAUUACAGCUCGGGCAGGGGAGCUGUAUUUAAUGGAGUCUCAGUGUCAGUCUCAGCCUCAGCAUCGCCAGAAGUCCUCUUGAAAGAUAAGUUCACGGACGAUGUUGAGACAGUUCUACCGAAUUCCCGAAGUUCGGACCCGUCGAAAGAAGGGUUCUUGUUCAGGAGAUCAGUAUCAUCAUCAGCAGCAGCAGCAGCUGAGCUCACUGAAGGUUCGGAUUCAGCCACACAAGUGGUGGUCCACGAGGUCCAGCACCGGGAUGCAGGCACCGAGAUGACACCGCGCGGUAGCUCCACCAACUCCCGGUGCCACACCCCUUUCUUAAUCCCUUCCCCGCCAAGGCACAACACCCCGGCUGAUAGGUCAGGCCCCCUGCCGAUGAUUAGCUCGCAGGACAGUGGCACGACUGUAACUUUCUCUCGGCAGCUCCAGGAGUGCCACCUGGCGAAGCUCCAGAUCGGGGCCAACCAGUUUGAUUCGGUCACUUCCAACUGGAGCUCCAGGGAAGAGGAGGAAGAAGAGGUCUCCAAGAGCCUGAGGCAUUUCGAGGCAGAUAAUAAUUGUAACAAUGUGUCUGCAAAAACAGCUUAUUGGGAGGAGGAAGAAAGAAACAAGUGCUGCCUCAGGUACCAGCGAGAGGAAGCAAAGAUUCAAGCUUGGUUGAACCUCGAGAGUGCGAAAGCAGAAGCUCAAUCGAGAAAGCUAGAGGUGAAGAUACAGAAGAUGAGGUCGAACUUGGAGGAGAAGCUGAUGAAGAGGAUGGCGAUCGUGCACCGGAAGGCCGAGGAGUGGCGAGCCGAGGCGAGGGAGCAGCACUCGGAGCAGAUUCACAAGGCCAAGAAGAAGCUGACAACGAGUGGUCAAGAUUCCCAGUACUUCCCUGCCCGACGCAGCUCCUGCGGCUGCUUCCAUUAGAUGAUACAUAGCCAUCACUGGAUUGAUCACGAAAAGCAGAAGAACGCGGGAACCCAACUCGAAGAGAAUCUCUUCAUCUUUCACCAAUGUCGGAAACUUCCAAGAAAGUGACAGAGAAAGGGCUAUGUCAUGGAUACAUGUAUAGCUAUAGGGCAAGAAGAAGCCCCAGCAGGAUGGCUAUAAUAUAUAUAUAUAUAUUGGAUAGAUCAAGAGCAAGAAACGGCCACUUGAGCUAAGGACGAUGCCCAUCAAGUGUUGGCUGCAUUUUCAUGCAACUUUAGGUUCUCGUGCAUCCUAUAGGAUCUUGACCUAGCUAGAUUAGUGAUGGGCAGUAUGACUAUGAGCUAAUAAGUAAUAAAGGUUCAAUACACCUCGGAAAGUAGAUUUCCCUGUCAUUCUUCCAUUUGAGAUGGUGAAGAUUAAUUUAUCUA